AUGCGGAACUUCAUUUGGGCUCUGCUGGGCUUGGCUGUGGUGCCUCAGGCUCUUGCAGGCGAUACCCUGUCCACCAACGGUUUCGACCUGUGUAUGCAAGAUUCCACCAUCAAAGUCACGAAAUUGGACGUCUCUUACUCUCGCUCCUCGCAAAUUGUUACCUUUGACGUGGCUGGUACCAGCGCCAAAGAACAGUAUGUGACAGCGACCUUGUCUGUCACUGCCUACGGCAACAACCUCUACAGCAAAGAAUUCGACCCAUGUGGUACGGAAAUCCAUGUGUCUCAGCUCUGCCCUGUCCCCAAGCAGGGAUUCCAGGCCCAGGGAACAUGGGAGGUUCCCUCCCAAUAUGCAAGCCAAAUCCCGGCUAUCGCGUUCCAAAUGCCUGACUUGGACGGUCAGGCCAAGCUGGUUCUGACAUCAAACGACACUUCGAAUGUGGCUUGUGUCGAAUCGGACUUGUCCAACGGUCACAGUACUGACGUCAAGGCCGUUUCCUAUGUUUCUGCUGGUAUUGCAGCUGGUGCUCUGGCGCUGACUGGUAUCUCCGCCAUUGGCUCUGCUGGAGCUGCUGGAGCACCGUCGGCUAGCCCUGGGUUCGGUGAUGUAAUGGGCUGGUUCCAUUCCAUGGCCACCAACGGCAUGCUAAGUGUCAGCUAUCCGACUGUUUACAGCAGCUUCUCCAAGAACUUCAUGUGGAGUACUGGUUUGAUACCUUGGUCCGGUAUGCAAAACUCCAUUGACAGCUUCCGGAAGUCGACCGGCGGCAAUUUGACUGAGGAGAGCUAUGUCUUCCUGAAGAACGCUAGUCUGACAAGCAGCGGGUCAUCGAGUAACACCACCAAACGGAGCUUGGAAUAUGCGAUUCAUUUUGGUGAAUUUGUAGCUCGCUCGGUUGACACAUCGUCUGAUGCGAGCGUCUCAAACAGCUCUUCAACUAGUGACGAUGGCAUUAGCUCGACAGUUAACAGUUUGAAAAAGCUCUCCGAAGAACUCAUGAUUCCUUCUGCCAAUAUCUUCAUGACCGUUCUUCUCAUUUUCGCCAUUGUUGUUGCUGUGGUCAUCGUCGGUAUCCUUCUUGUCAAGGUCAUUCUUGAACUGUGGGCGCUGUAUGGCACUUUCCCCAAUAAACUUUCCGACUUCCGCAAGGACUACUGGGGCUUGAUGGCGCGUACAAUCACCAACAUGAUUCUUGUGCUCUACAGCAUCUGGGUGCUUUACUGUGUCUAUCAACUGCGAAACGGUGACUCGUGGGCAGCAAAGCUCCUAGCAGCUAUUACCCUAGCUGUCUUCACCUCUGUCCUCCUCUUUUUCGCUAUUCGCAUCGUAUACAUGGCUCGCAAGUACAAGAAGGCCGAGGGCGAUGCCGACAGCUUGUACGAAAACAAGGAGACCUGGAAGAAGUAUAGUCUGUUCUACGACAACUAUAAGAAGGACUUCUGGUGGAUUUUUAUCCCGGUCAUCAUCUACGCCUUGGCAAAGGGCUGUAUCAUCGCCGGAGCCGAGGGCCACGGUCUGGCGCAAAGUGCAGGCCAACUGGUCUGCGAAGCCAUCCUUCUGAUCAUCCUUGUCUGGAACCGCCCAUACGCUACCAAGUCUUCCAUGGGAAUCAACAUCGCCGUCCAGGUCGUCCGUGUCCUGUCCAUUUGUUGUGUUCUUGUUUUCGUUGAGGAACUUGGCCUUUCCCAAACCACCAAAACCGUCACCGGUAUUGUCCUCAUUGUCGUGCAGUCCACCCUUACUGCCGUCCUCGCCAUCCUCAUCGCAGUCAACGCUAUCAUCACCUGCUGCCGCGAGAACCCUCAUGCCCGACGCAGAAGAGAAGCUGAAAAAGCAAACCGCGACCUCGACGACCUCACCCCUCUGGACGCCCGAGAAUCCCUCCUCAUGGAGCACCCCAAGCGCAAGGAAUAUGCCGAGAUGAGCAACUUCAACUUCAACGCCCCAUACGCGCCUUACCGCGACGCACCCCGCCGAACAAGGUCAAACAGCAGCCACGAUGGGUUGGUCAGAAACGACUAUGGUGUAUCGCAUGCUCGCAGCUCAAGCCGCGACAGCAGCCAUUCACGCAGCUCUAUCGAAGGCCGUCAUCCCACACAGCCUGGCUAUGGUAUGGCAUAUUAA